CACUUCCCAGCCCGCUUGCCGGGGCUCCGCUCGGAGCCCCCUGGGUUGGGCCUUAGGGAGAGUGGCGGGGCAUGGGGCCAAUGGGAGGGGAGCAGAAGCCGCGCCCCUCUCCUCCAACAGUCGGGCGGCGCACCUGGGCUCCAGGCUCCUGACUUUGCUGCGCGCUCCUAGUCCCUGCGAGUGUCCGGCGCGGGCGACCCCGGCCCGGGCUCAGGGUCCAGGGCCAUUUGGGCCCCAAAAUGUCCCGUAGAUUGGGCUGGCUUGCCCUGUACAGUCUAUCAGUAUCACUCUUCACAUGUCUCCUUUUUCUGAAGAAGACAUCCAAGCCAGCUCUAACUUCCAUGGCUUCCAGGCAGACAGGGAGCCCCAUGGCGAGGCAUCCCUUCUGGGCACCCACAGGGUCCCAUCACAACCUAUGUCUGCCCAACUCUGAAGUGGCCAAUGCAUCUGCAGUCCUGCCCACCCGUCACCGCCUCUUCCUGACCUACAAGCACUGCCGGAACUUCUCAACCCUAUUACAACCUACAGGCUGCCCUGCUGACACCUUCCUUCUCCUGGCAAUUAAGUCACUGCCUGCUCAUGUGGACCGCCGGGCAGCCAUCCGAAGCACCUGGGGCCGGAUCAGAGGACAGGGUGGGGGGCAGAAGCUAAAACUGGUAUUUCUCUUGGGGGUGGGGGGAACUUCCCCACCCCCGCAAUUAUUAGCCUAUGAGAGCCAGGAAUUUGAUGAUAUUUUACAGUGGAACUUUAAUGAGGACUUUUUCAACUUGACUCUGAAGGAGCUUCACCUCCAAAGGUGGCUGGCUACUAGCUGUCCCCAGGCCCAGUUUGUCCUUAAGGGGGAUGAUGAUGUCUUUGUCCAUGUGCCCAAUGUCCUGGAGUUCCUACGAGGGCAAGACCCCAGCCAGGACCUCUUCGUGGGGGAUGUGAUCAGAGAGGCCCUGCCUAACAGGAACAUCAGGGUCAAGUACUUCAUCCCCCCAUCCAUGUACCGUGCUCACCACUACCCUCCCUAUGCUGGAGGUGGAGGCUAUGUGAUGUCCCAGGCAACAGUUCGAAGGCUCGGGGUUACAGUGGAGGAGGUAGACUUGUUUCCCAUUGAUGACGUUUUUGUGGGGAUGUGCUUGAAGAAACUGGGAGUGAAGCCAACCCACCAUGCAGGAUUUAAGACCUUUGGGAUUCGGCGACCCCUAGACCCCUUGGACCCAUGUCUGUACAAGGAGCUACUGCUGGUGCAUUGUCUCAGCCCCCUGGAGAUGUGGACUACAUGGGCUUUGGUGAAGGAUGAGGGCCUGAGGUGUGCUGCCCCUCCUGCUCAAGCUCAACAGACUGGCUGAAGGAGAGGUCCCAACUGGUAGUGCUCAGGGGCUAAUGGGGGCGGGGGUGGGGGGUUUGCUAUUGGUUCCUUUUUUAACAAGACUAAGAAAAAUUGAGAGCUUUUAACUAAUAUAGCUUUUUGGGCAGUUAUGUCCUAAGUUGUAGUCCCACAGAUUCCCUUUAACUUUGAUUAAAAAAAUCACAAAAA